AUGCGUCGCGUACUACUCGCAAGCGCUUCUGGCCUUCUCCUUGUCGCGGCAGCGACGGCGACCAAGCCACCAAAGACACCGACGCCCGCGCCCUCCCACGACAAGUUCUGGGGCUCCCAAGACCUUUGGAUCUACACCAGUGCGUGGUACCCGGAGCAGUGCAGCUGCAUGUGCGCCUCCAUUUGCUACCACCCGCCGCCGUUUCUCAAAACCAACCUCGUCACCGGUCGCUUGUACCCGAUUUACAAGGACAAUGUGCCGCAACUCUCUCGCCUCGAAGACAAGUCGGCACCGAUCCUCGCGCAGUGCACGCGCAAGCCGGCGCUCUUCUCGGGCGACGCCAUCCGCGCCGUGAAGCGCGAAAGGCUCGUUCAGUAUUUCCCGUUCGACUUUAGCAAGGACCCGGCCAACAUGUGGAACCCGGACGCACCGGCACCGAUGAACGUGAUCCCCAUGUACGACGUCCCGUGCAGCGGGAUGCUUGAGACCGACUACCUGCGCACGGCUGUCCAGAUGGCACAGUACAUUGGCACACCGAGACUCAUCACCGACAACAUCAACGGCACCGUAACCAAGCCAGCGCUCGUCGCCGCGUUCAAGAAGACAAAGGGACUCGACGUUGUCUUGCGCUGCCGGGACAACGCGCUCUAUGAAGUGUUUAGCUGCUGGACCAAGAAUGUGCCGUAUCCGUAUCAAGUCGACGAGAACGACCAGUCGUUUGCGCCCGCGCAGCCCAUCAAGUGCCCUCCGGCCGUCGUCGCGCAAGAAAGCAGCUGCGGCGACGUGAUCCGCAUCACCAAGUUUGUCGACCGCGGUUAG